AGUCGGCGCAAGAUGGCGGCGGGAGGGGCCCAGGCUGCAGCUCUGGCCGCCGAGUGAGGGGCGGGGGGGGCCCGGGGGCGCGCGGCCCGAGACCCCCCCGGCCGCCCUCCUUCUUCCUUUGUUCCAGUGGCUGGGGGGGUAUCCCCUCCCUCCACAACAUGGAGCCAUCUCCUCUAUCACCCAGUGGGGCAGCACUCCCCCUGCCUAUAUCGCUGGCUCCACCCCCACUGCCCCUGCCAGCAGCUGCAGUGGUACACGUGUCCUUCCCUGAGGUGACCAGUGCCCUUCUGGAGUCCCUUAAUCAGCAGCGGCUUCAGGGCCAGCUCUGUGAUGUAUCCAUCCGAGUGCAAGGCCGGGAGUUUCGGGCUCAUCGAGCUGUCUUGGCUGCCUCUUCUCCUUACUUCCACGACCAGGUCCUACUCAAGGGCAUGACUUCCAUCUCACUGCCCAGCGUCAUGGACCCAGGUGCCUUUGAGACUGUCUUGGCCUCUGCUUACACUGGCCGUCUCAGCAUGGCUGCUGCUGACAUUGUCAACUUCCUCACCGUGGGGUCUGUGCUCCAGAUGUGGCACAUUGUGGACAAGUGCACUGAACUCCUCCGAGAGGGCCGAGCCUCAGCCACCACCACCACCAUCAGUACAGCUGCAGCUACUUCUGUCACUGUCCCUGGUGCUGGGGCCCCAUCAGGGAGUGGGAGUACUGUGGCCCCUACCACCACGGGUUCUGUGCGCUCCCAUAACUCUAGCCGGGCCAGUGAGAAUCAGUCUCCUAGCAGCAGCAACUACUUCAGUCCCCGGGAGUCCACUGAUUUCUCAUCUUCCACUCAAGAGGCAUUUGCAGCUUCUGCAGUGGGCAGUGGGGAGCGACGAGGAGGUGGCCCUGUAUUCCCAGCCCCUGUAGUUGGCAGUGGGGGUGCUACCUCUGGGAAGCUGCUGCUGGAGGCAGAUGAGCUAUGUGAUGAUGGCGGAGAUGGGAGGGGGGCUGUGGUCCCUGGGGCUGGGCUUCGGCGACCCACCUAUACACCUGCCAGUGUCAUGCCACAGAAACACUGGGUAUAUGUAAAACGGGGUGGAAAUUGCCCUGCAUCAGCACCCCUGGUUCCCCAGGACCCAGAUCUAGAGGAGGAGGAGGAGGAGGAAGACCUGGUGUUGACCUGUGAGGAUGAUGAAGAUGAAGAACUGGGGGGUGGCUCUGGGGUUCCAGCUGGGGGGGGGCCUGAGGCUACUCUCAGUAUCAGUGAUGUCCGAACCCUAACUGAGCCUGCAGACAAGGGCGAGGAGCAGGUCAACUUCUGUGAGUCCUCUAAUGACUUUGGCCCGUAUGAGGGUGGGGGUUCUGGGGCAGGGCUUGAUGACUCAGGGGGACCCACCCCCUCCUCCUAUGCCCCCUCCCAUCCCUCAAGACCCCUCCUUCCCUUGGACAUGCAGGGCAACCAGAUUUUGGUCUUCCCAUCAUCUUCCUCUUCCUCCUCCUUACAGGCUCCAGGCCAGCCACCAGGGAACCAGGCAGAACAUGGGGCUGUCACCCUGGGGGGCACAUCAGGGGGAGGCCUGGGUGUGCCGGGUGGCACUGGUGGAGCCCCUGGAGGGACCAGCAGUGGGGACGGUAAUAAGAUAUUUCUGUGUCACUGCGGGAAGGCCUUCUCCCACAAGAGUAUGAGGGACCGGCACGUGAACAUGCAUCUCAACCUACGGCCGUUUGACUGCCCCGUGUGCAACAAAAAGUUCAAGAUGAAACACCACCUGACCGAGCACAUGAAGACACAUACAGGUCUCAAGCCCUACGAGUGCGGUGUCUGUGCCAAGAAGUUCAUGUGGCGAGACAGUUUCAUGCGUCACCGGGGACACUGUGAGCGCCGGCACCGCAUGGGCGGGGGCGGGGCGGGACUUGGACCCGCAGCGCCCACCGGGCCAGCCCUGCUUCCCAAGAGAGAGUCCUCCGGUGCGGGCGGGGGCAGUGGUGAUGAGGCGAGUGGUACACCCCCGUCCAGCAGACGUGUCUGGUCCCCAUCCACUGUCCACAAGGUGGAGAUGGGCUUCAAUGGGGGCGGGGGAGCAAACUGAAGGGGCAGG